UGGCUGUGCAAGCGUCGCCUGGGAUGUUUCCAUGCGAAGCAUGGCAUGCAGCUCCACGCUCAGGGAUUUAAGCUCUGUGCAGGUCCUCGAAGGCCAUUUGGCUAGGAAGGAGGCUGCGCAAGAAUGCGGCACUAUGAGAGUGGCAAGUGCGGGCCCAGUAGUGCCCAUGUACACAUUCGCACACUGAUGGAGUGGCGGAUCCAUCAGUGCUUGAUGUGCAGGUGGGGCUUCUCGUUGAUUUUCGGCAUCUACGGAUCCGUGUUUCCUUACGCGUUUGCAAUGGCGGCUGUGAAUGCUGCUCUCACCUUGGCUGUGGGUGUUUUCCUGGAGGGGAUGGAUGAUGUCAACCAGGAUGCAGAUACCACAAACACAGUGGCGGGGCUCAUGGCUGGGUUUAGCUCUGUGAUGAUGUUCAUUCUAACCUUUCGUAGCGACAUCGCCUAUGAGCGCUGGUGGGAGGGUGGGACCCUCUUGCAAAAGACGCGCGGUGAAUGGUUCAAUUCUUACAGCAGCUUGGUGGCCUUCAGCUCCCCCAAGCCAGAGCUGCAGCGGCAGGUGAUGGAGUUCCACCACCUCCUCGCGAGGUUGAUGUCACUGCUCUUCUGCUGUGCGCUGCAGCAAGUCUCACCCGAUAAAGACCGGGCCUUCGAGAUCCUGGACAUGCAGGGCGUGGAGAAAGAAAGCCUCAUGUAUUUGGAAAGCACAAAGGACAAGGUGGAGAUCAUUCUUCAGUGGAUCCAACGGUCUAUCGUCCUUCGCAUGACAGAUGGUAUUCUACCUGUGGCACCUCCGGUCCUGUCGCGGGCGUUUCAGGAGCUCUCACGUGGCAUUGUGAACCUGCAGAAUGCGCGGAAGAUUGCAGACUUCCCAUUUCCAUACCCCUAUGCGCAGGUGAGUAUGAUCAUGCUUUUGCUGCAUUGGGGAGUCAUGCCGAUUUGGUGCAGCAUGCUCUUGUCCAAAUUCAUGGCGGCUGCAACAUCUUUCGCCGUCAUUUUCUUUCUGUGGUGCCUUAACUUCAUUGCCCUGCAUUUGGAGGCGCCCUUUGGAGAUGCGCCAAAUGACCUGCCUAUGGAUCAGAUGAUUCUUGACUGGAACAACAGUUUGUGCACCCUGCUGUCUUCAAGAGCGCAGCGGCCGCCUGCUUUUGACUACGACCCGGUGAAUCAUGCCAGGUGGUACACUUCCAUGUCAACUGCUUUGCCUUCACUCGAGGAUGGGGAAGACUGGUGCCACAAGGCCACGGUUGAGUCCCAGCUGAGCAACCCGAAGAUGCGUAAGCGGCAAAGCGGAGGUGUAGUGCGAAAUCGCUCCAAAGAGUCGAAUAGGUCAUCACUGGAUGAUCAGGUUCAGAUCAAGCGCCAGUCUACGAACGAAUCUGUUGCGACUGUCCUCGAGCACGGGGAGCCUGGAAGAAUCGGCAUGCGCACAGCUGCCCAGGGCCGCUUGGAGAUCAAGCCCAUCUCGCCGAAUGUCCCCGCGGCUCCCCCUCCCCCGAAGCCAGAAGGCCCGGAAGCUUCCGGUGGCGCAGCGGAGAUCGGCCCUGUGUCGCCCAACAUCCCGGCAGCCCCCAGCAACGCAGACCCAGAAGGCCUGCCCGUGUCCGGCAUAAAUUCGGAAAUCAUCAGUCAAAGUUGCUAGUGAGGACGGCAUUGGCUGUCCGUUGCCAGCUUUUCAGCCACAAUCUUCCAACAGAAUUGCUGUCAGCAGUUGUCCUGCAGGGUAGCCGGAGGCGCCACUGCAAGGCUUCCUGCAAGGCUCACUGGAAGGCCCACUGCAAGGCUUGCCUCAUGUUCCA